AUGCACUUAAUUUCACCGUUUUCACACGAUUUCUUUCUUUCUUUCUUUCUUUCUUUCUUUCGUUUUCUUGCAUUCCUUCAUUAUUUCUUUUAUUUACUUUAUUUUAAUUCUCUCCUUCUCCAAUGUAUAAUUUUUCAAUUCUAUCUCUCUACUAUUUAUUUUUUCUCUCUCUCUCUCUUUACUAUUUAUUUUUUCUUUUCUCUCUUUCUCCACUAUUUAAUUUUUCGUUUAUUCUCUUUCUCUUUCCAUUAUUUUCAUUUUUCUUAUUUCUUUCUUCACCAUAUAUACUUUUUCUUUUCUCUCUCUACUAUUUACUUUAAUCUUUUUUCUCUCCCCGCUAUUUACUUUAUACUUUUCUCUCUCCCUACCGUUUACUUUAUUCUUUUCUCUCACACUUUUCAUUAUUUCCUUUUCCCUCUUUCUACUAUUUACUUUUUCUCUCUCUCUCCACUAUUUACUUUAAUCUUUUCUCUCUCUUUCUCCACUAUUUGUUCAUCCUUUUCUCUCUCUCCGCUAUUUACUUUAAUCUUUUCUCUCUCUCUCCCCACUAUUUACUUUAAUCUUUUCUCUCUCUCUCUCCACUAUUUACUUUAA